AUGAAAUGUAACCAUGCCAGUGCCAUGUAUGAGGUUGGAGUGACAGACCUGACUGAGUCUUCCAAUCUGGACAUGGCUCCCAAUGCAUUUGAUGAUAAGUAUGAGGGCUGUGUCCAAGAAAUGGAGAUAAAAGCACCUCAGUUGUUAGAAGACGACUUCAACAUGAAUAAACAAUUAAAAGUUGAGUGGAAAAAGGCAGAGGAAAAAUGGAAGGAGAUAAAAAAGACAAGGAACUUUCCCAAAGGUUUCAGUGAUUACCAUGGAACAGCUUUAGUAACGUAUACUGGGGACAUCUACUCCAAUUUUAACAAAGCUGUUAGAGAAUUUAAGGAAAAUCCCAGUAACUUUCAUUUCAAGGCCUUCCAUUACUACUUAACAAGAGCUCUUCAGCUUCUGAAUAACAAUAAUUGUUACACAGUUUACCGAGGCACCAGGAACAAAUUUCAUUACAGCGGGAAGGGCCCUGUGCGGUUUGGGCAAUUUGCUUCCUCAUCUUUAAAAAAGGAGAUAGCUCAUAGAUUUGGUGGUGCUAGUGGGACACUGUUUACCAUCCACACCUGCUUGGGGGUUCACAUAGCUGGAUUUUCCUACAACUCUGAACAAGAGGAGGUGUUAAUUCCAGGCUAUGAAGUAUACCACAAAGUCAGUGUAUCACCAGGUGGAAAACUGAAUGACAAUAUUCUUCUGGAUGUCUCACAAAGAGGGAAAAGCAACUUCAAUUGCUUCUACAGCUCAGGAACCAGAGACAGCCCUGCAUUCCUGCUGCUUGUGGUGCUACCUGGUCUCCUGGUCCAGCUGCUUCCUCUUGCUGAGCUGUAACAAUAGCUUUCCUGCAGUUCAUGGGGUUGAGUGCUGAAGGGAGGGCAAAGGGCUAGAACUUGGAAGAUUCUCUAAGGUCUGUGGUAAAAUGAAGUGGUGAUAAUUUUGGGGGGUAUCUACUUUAAUAUUCACGACUUCCACAGACUCUCCAGGAACUUACUGGGUCUGUCAGUGAAGCUUGAUUCUGACUUCAGAUUUACUACCCUUUGAUACUUUGCUAUGAUCAAAAAGCAAUGUUCAUCUGCAUCAUCAGCGCUAACAGCUUUAAAGCA